AUUUUGGAGGAGUCUGCUACUACUCCAUCAUUUCAUUUCUGCUUCUUCUUAAUCAUCACUAGUGCUAAGUCCGUGGUGUAUUUCUUUCUUCUUUCUUCUUCCUCUUGGGUGAAGGCGUGAAGCCUCUCCCUCUCCCUCUCCUCUAAGGCAGGCCGGUGCCCUACAAUCUUGUAUUGGCGGUAGACGACUGCUACUACUAGUUAAAUUAAUUAAUUAGCUGAUGAAGAAGAACAUCAUCAUCAACAAGAACAACUUCUUCAUCUUCUCGUUGUUUGAAUGCGGCUGCUUCUCUAUGGCUACGAUCACCACCACCAUCAUCAUCAUCAUCUGCCUGCUCCCGGCGACUCAGGCCAAGUACAUGUUCUACAACACUACCAUGGCCAUCGACCCUCACAAAAUCAACGUCCACUUAGUUCCCCACUCUCACGACGACGUCGGUUGGUUGAAGACCAUUGAUCAGUACUAUGCCGGUGCUAACAAUUCCAUUCGGGGAGCUUGUGUGCAAAACGUCUUGGAUUCUGUCUCAGCCCUUCUCGAUGACCCCAAUCGGAGGUUCAUUUAUGUCGAAAUGGCAUUGCAUUUCUUCCAGCGCUGGUGGAGGCAGCAGAGUGACACUCUCAAGGCCGAAGUCAGGGACCUUGUCAAUUCUGGUCGCCUUGAAUUUAUGAAAUGGGGCAUGUGCAUGCAUGAUGAGGCAACUCCGCAUUACAUUGACAUGAUUGAUCAGACAACUCUGGGACAUCGUUUUAUAAAACACGAAUUCAAUCAAACAAGAGUUGGUUGGCAGAUUGAUCCUUUUGGGCAUUCUGCUGUUCAGGCUUAUCUGCUCGGUGCUGAGCUGGGAUUUGACUCCCUUUUUGCACGUAUUGAUUACCAAGAUAGGGCUAAGCGCAAGACUGACAAGUCACUGGAGGUUGUUUGGCAGGGAUCUCAGUCACUUGGCUCUUCGUCACAGAUAUUCACUGGGAUAUUCCCCGUGCACUAUAGUCCUCCUGAUGGUUUCACGUUUGAAGUAAAUGACGUGUCCGCUCCAAUUCAGGAUGAUCUCACCCUUUUUGACUACAAUGUUAAAGAGCGAGUCGAUGAUUUUGUCAUAGCUGCUCUGGCACAGGCAAAUGUGACCAGAACAAACCAUAUAAUGUGGACUAUGGAAGACUUUCGGUAUCAAUAUGCGCUUUCAUGGUUCAGGCAGAUGGAUAAAUUUAUUCAUUAUGUGAACAUGGAUGGGCGUGUAAAUGCUCUGUAUUCUACACCAUCCAUUUAUACAGAAGCAAAACAUACUGCCAAUGAGAAAUGGCCGCUCAAAACUGGUGACUUCUUCCCGUAUGCUGAUCGGGAAAAUGCAUAUUGGACUGGUUACUUUACCAGUAGGCCAGCCUUGAAAGGUUAUGUCAGAAUGAUGAGUGGUUAUCUUUUGGCAGCCAGACAAUUGGAAUUUUUUAAAGGCCGGAGUAAUUUGGGACCAAACACAGAUGCACUGGCUGAUGCUCUUGCAAUUGCGCAACACCAUGAUGCCAUCACUGGAACGGAAAGAGAGCACGUGGCUGCUGAUUAUGCGAUGAGACUUUCAAUUGGCUAUACAGAGGCUGAGAAAGUGGUGGCAGCUUCUCUGGCGUUUUUAGCAGAGUCAAAAUUAAGCACUAGACACAACAAUCCAGUCACUAAAUUUGAGCAGUGCCCUCUACUCAAUAUCAGUUACUGUCCUCCUACGGAAGCCAAUUUAUUAAACGGGAAAAGUUUGGUUGUGGUUGCCUAUAAUCCUAUAGGAUGGAAAAGAGUUGAAAUCAUUCGAAUUCCUGUAAGUAGUGAAGGGUUAAUCGUUCAGGAUUCUGAUGGAAGAGAGAUUGAGUCUCAGCUAAUUCCUAUUUCCAGUGCCUCUUUGUCAACCAGAAACUAUCAUCUAAAGGGAAAUUUGGGUGGAUCUGCUACUGACUCGGAUAAAUAUUGGCUCGCCUUCUCAGCAUCUGUACCACCCCUUGGUUUCAGUACUUACAUAGUCUCAAGCUCAAGAAAAACAGGUUCUAGGUCUGUCAUCUCCAAAUGGUCUCUGUCAGAAAGAGAUAGUAAUAAUACGAUUGAAGUUGGUCAAGGAAAUUUGAAACUGCUUUACACUGCAGAUGAAGGAAAGCUUACCAGUUACAUUAAUAGCAGGAAUCAGGUCACAGCAUUUGCUGGACAAUCAUAUGGCUAUUAUUCUGGUUAUAAUGGUACUGACAGAGUUAAUCAGGCAUCUGGGGCAUAUAUCUUCCGUCCAAAUGGUACAUUCCCUGUAAAAUCUGAUAGCCAGGUUCCCUUGACAGUUGUGCGGGGUCCGUUAUUGGAUGAAAUACAUCAACAGCUGAGUUCAUGGCUACAUCAGGUCACAAGGGUAUACAAGGAGAAGGAACACGCUGAAGUUGAGUUUACUAUUGGUCCUAUACCUGUGGAUGAUGGUGUUGGUAAGGAAGUAAUAGCUAGAAUUGCCACCUCCUUGAGGAGCAAUAGAACUUUCUAUACAGAUUCUAAUGGGAGAGAUUUCAUCAAAAGAGUGCGAGACUACAGAUCUGAUUGGGAUUUGCAAGUACACCAACCAAUAGCUGGAAACUACUAUCCUAUAAAUUUGGGUAUAUAUUUGGAGGAUGAAGAUAUUGAACUUUCAGUUCUGGUGGACCGAGCAGUUGGUGCAACAAGUCUGGUGGAUGGUCAAAUAGAAGUUAUGCUUCACAGGAGGUUGCUUAAUGAUGAUGCUAGAGGUGUUGGUGAGGCACUGAAUGAAGAAGUUUGUGUUCACAACACUUGCAAAGGUUUGAUGAUUCAAGGGAAAUUCUAUCUCAGAAUUGAUCGGGGAGAGGGGGCAAAGUGGCGUCGUGCGUUUGGCCAGGAGAUUUAUUCUCCACUGCUCCUAGCAUUUGCUGAACAGGAUGGGAACAACUGGAUGGGGACUCACGUAGCUGCAUUUUCUGCUAUUGAUCCUGCCUAUAGCUUACCCGAGAAUAUUGCAAUUAUUACGCUUCAGGAACUGGAGAAUGGCAAAGUACUACUACGGUUGGCUCACCUAUAUGAGACUGGUGAAGACAGAGACUACUCGGUCAUGGAAAAAGUGGAACUGAAGAAGCUUUUCCCGGGAAAGAAGAUUAGCAAGGUGACAGAGAUGAAUUUGUCUGCUAAUCAAGAAAGAAGUGAGAUGGAGAAGAAGAGACUAGAGUGGCGAGUAGAAGGGGCUUCUGAAGAACGCAGGGGUUUAAGAGGAGGAGCCUUUGAUCCUACAAGACUGGAGGUGGAACUGGCUCCAUCGGAGAUUCGCACAUUUGAAGUUGAAUUUGAUUAUAUUAGAAUGUUUGGCUCUUGAAUCUCCGAGAGGGAGAGAAGGGGUGGUGGGUAUGGGUCUUUUAUUCCCAGCAGUGCGUCUUGGUAGAUCUGUUUUCUAUGUCGGACCAGACCAUGUGUGUGUGCCAGUUUGUUUUUUCGUUGUGUUGGUUGGUGUAAAGGAAAGGAAGAAAAACAAUAAUGGCUGGACGCAUAUGCCUGUAUCAGUGGAAAGAGAUUUGAUUAACUGUAGUAUAGUAGACGAUUGGAAUUUGGAUGGCAUGGAGUGUGUGGCUAACACUAACAGAAGAGGAAGUUGAAGAAGAGGGGCUGCGAUUUAAUUUGUUUCUGCUA